UGUGAUGUACGCAAAAUGUAUCAAGGAUCAAUUACAAUGGGAACCAUUUAGCAGACGCAUGUUUUCACUACGAUCUCUUUAGGCUGGUAACACCCACCGAUGGUCUCCAUGGAAACGUCGUCCACCACGCUGAAGGGGAAAAGUAUCAGCAGUAACGCUAACGUUAGUUCUCUGACCUUGACAAGACAUACUAUACAGUCUUUGACAAAAUUGAUUAUUAUGAACCAAUUUCAGAAUUUGAUAAAUGACUGUCUUAUCGAUACAAAACACGUGGAAAGCGCUGUCAUUCUGGUUGCCAAGACUGCAGCAGUAACUGCGGCGUCUGCAAGGUUUCAGGUUCUUCCUACACAAGCCCAGAUUUUCAUAGACUCUUUCAAGCACAUGACAUCGACCAGAGAGCGGGGCUUCUACUUUCAAGACAAAGCAUACACCUGUGUCCGAGCUGACAGGAACUCCAUCUACUGCAAAUGUGGAACACAUGGCUUGAUUCUUGUGAAGACUGCUCUGUACGUUAUAGUGGCCACAUACAACGACAGCAUGUACCCUAGCGUGUGUGUGGAAGCUGUCGAGAAACUAGCUGUGUACCUCAAGGAAAAGGGAAAAUGAAGCAAGACCUGAAGAGGAGCAGCGUUCUGAUGGAUGAAGUGGACUGGUCAAGUUAAACAGUUGCCUACAGGUCCAUGUUAGGCCACCUGCUAAGGAGGACAAACAUGUUUAGGAGAAAGUUGGUGUGCGUUUGUUUUCUUUCUAUGAACUUGCCCCUGUCCCCUCUCGCAGUAUACAGGUUUAACCACUAGGUGGUAGUAAAUAGUAAAUAACCCAGCUGUGUGGUCCAAGAACAGUUUUUAGUGCUGAGAUCCUCUUAGAACAGGGAUUAUGACCAACCAUGGUCAAUGAGAUGCUGUAGUUCCAGCCCUGCUCUAUCACAUCUGAUUCUACUCCUCAGCAAACAGACAUGGUUUUGGGGCUUCGUGGCUAAAAGCCUUUUUAAACUGUCUGUUCAUCGCAGACUUUCUGUUCAAACGCUUCAAUUACUCUCCACCUCCUUCUGGUGAUAACAUGAUUAACCUAACUACACACUGGCACUUUACACAUAUGCGCAUGAACACACACACACACACCCUGAUGUAGCCUUGUUGAGUGUUUCAGAGCUGAAGCUGUGAAUGAAUUUCCUCAUGUGAACAAAUAAAGGAAAUCUGUACCUGAGUCAAAACAUCAAAGAUCCCCCACCAUAUUUUACAGUAGGGGUGAGGUGUUUUCUGCAUAUGUGUUGUUUCGGGAAGGCCAAACCCACCAUAUUUUACAGUAGGGGUGAGGUGUUUUCUGCAUAUGUGUUGUUUCGGGAAGGCCAAACCCACCAUAUUUUACAGUAGGGGUGAGG